AUGGAACAAUCAAAUAAAGUAAAAUUUAUAUUAACAGGAUUUGGAAAGUUUAAUGGUGUUUCAGAUAAUCCUACUACUCAUUUGAUGAAAAAUAUCACAGAGUAUGUUAACAAAGAGAGACAGCAGGUUGAUAGAUUGAUUGAUUUCGAGAUUCUAUCGAAUGAUAUUGUUGAAGUUUCAGCUGUUAGUUCAAAACGUACCGUUGAUACAAUUGAAAGUUUAUACUCAGAUCAUCAACAUCCUAUUUAUAUUAUUCAUUUCGGUGUAAAUGCAAGUGCAAAAUGUAUUAAUUUAGAAAGAUGUGGAUGGAAUGAUGCAAGUUUUAGAGUUCCAGAUGAAUGUGGAUACUGUCCAAAUAAUGAAAAGAUCGAUCUAUUGAAUCCAGAAUGUGUUAAUAUUCCAACUUCAUUGCCAAUCGAUCAUCUCAUUGAAAAGUUAUGUACAUCUCAUAGUGUAGAGCCAUCAACUGAUCCAGGUAGAUUUGUUUGUAAUUAUAUUUAUUAUAACUCAUUAAUGUUAUCAAAGAAAUCAAGUGAUAAAUUCAAAUCACUGUUUGUUCAUGUACCACCUUUCACAGUUGUAUCGAUGGAAAAUCAAUUAAAGUUUGUUGUAGAUUUACUUUCAUUAAUAUCAAAACUUUAA